AUGCCUGUCCCCGACACCUUCCUAGCGGCUACGGUCAACAAGCCCUACGCCCAACAUGUCGUUUCCAACCGCUCCUUGCAACCACUUGAAUCGGGAGAAGUCGCUAUCAAAAUUACUGCCACGGCCAUUAACCCCGUUGACUGGAAGAUCCGUGACUACAAUUUCUUUAUUAAAGAGUACCCUGCCGUAUUAGGAUCGGAUGCCGCCGGCGAGAUUGUUGCUGUCGGGGCCGACGUCUCCAACUUUGCUGUGGGCGAUCGGGUAUUCUUCCAGGGUAUCAUUGGAAGAUAUGACUCCUCCACCUUCCAACAAUACUGCAAGAUGCCGGCCGCGCUGGUCUCCAAGACGCCUAGUAACAUUAGCGACGACCAAGCCGCAGGAAUAAGUCUUGCGACCGUGGCUGUCGUGACAGCAUUCUACGACAAGUCGGGCCAAGGGUUAACCCCACCAUGGGACCCGAAUGGCCCGCAGGUCGGAAAUGGCAAAGCCAUAGUGAUCAUCGGGGGCGCCUCAUCUGUGGGCCAAUAUGCUAUUCAAUUAGCUAAGCUGUCGGGUUUCGAAAAGAUUGUUACCAACGCAAGUGCUCAAAACCACGAGUGGCUUAAGAAGCUAGGCGCACAUGUUGUCCUGGACCGAGCCCCUUCGAGCCCGGAGGAUUUCAAGGCUGCGAUCGGCGGGUUGCCUCUGGAAUUCGUGUUCGAUGCUAUCUCGGUGAAAGAGACGCAGGCAUUGGGUGUGGGCAUUGUCCAGGCUACCAAAGGCGCCGAUAAGAUCGUGACAGUCCAGGGUGCCGACUCGGAUGCUAUUGCACUUGGUCAAUCGAAGGAGCCGAAGGUAGCGGUUAAGCAGGUCUUGGGAUUGGGGAGCUCCCCAGCAUUACGUUAUCUUAGCGAGCCUCUGGUGAAACAUCUCGGAGGUGAGGAUGGUUAUAUCGCGAAGAACGUUUUUGUUCCUAACCGGGUGCAUUUGGUUGAAGGAGGGUUGAACACCGUGGAACAGGCGCUGGCGAAGAAUAAAGAAGGUGUCUCUGGCGAGAAGGUUGUAUUCCGCCCCAAUGAGGGAGCGAAUUAA